GACGUAAUUUAUCGAGGACCGAAGAAAUCCUUAAGGCGUUACAAAUCAGUUUUAAAACGAAGCCUAAAUUUUGCAGGAUACGCUACUUGGAUUAAGGUUUCCGUGAAUAACAUCGGGAACCUAAACAAUUGCCUACUGGCCGCGUUUAUAUUGUCCAGUUCCAUUAUGCUGUCUGUUACAGGCCCUGCAGGGUUUUAUAAGACGCCAGUAAGCAAAUUUCUGCUUGGAUUUUCAUUAUCAUCAUCACUAUCAUUGAUAUUUCCACUGCACAGCUAUCGGCCUCUGUUCGUCUACAGUUAUGAUUCUAUAUUUGAGAAAAGAGAGUUCUGGAGGCUUCUGACUUCAAAGAUUGCGUUCCUUGAUGUGAAAGAUAUUGCAUUAUGUUCUAUGCUAAUCUACAACUUCAGAUUUUUAGAGAGACGCUUUGGAUCUCGCAAAUUUGUGUCAUAUCUUAUUGCCACAUCGGUUCUGUCAACAGCUCUGGAAUUAGCCGUUCUUGUAAUUUGUCACCAGUUUGAUGUAUCAUUUGGCACAAUGCCUUCUGGCCCUUUCUGCCUGGUUUUCCCACAGUUUGCUCAGUUUUUUCUGAAGAUACCACGAGUAGCUGUGUCCAGUAUUAUGGGGGUGCCUGUUACAGGAAAAACAUUUACCUACAUUCUUGGACUCCAGGUAGCGAGUGCCAGCCCUGAAUCCAGGCUUGUCACUUCCUGUGCUUUAGCUGCUGGCUUUCUGUGGCAUCACAACUUCUUGAAGAUCCAGUCUAUUAUCUGGAUACCUGAGUCUGUCUCCAGUCAAUUCGAUCGGAUGAUUGGAUGGUUGUUCAAGUCACCACCACCAGCCAACCUCAACACUCCCAUGGGGGCAACACUGGAGUUGCAGCGCCAGGAGAGGCUGGAGAGAGUUGAGGAGCAGAUGAUUGCUGCAGCCAUGCAAAACUCUGUAGCUCACAAUGGCACAUACAACUUGAUGCGUCCUCAGCCAGUUAAUGUUGCUCAUGGACCAGGGGUGUUUGGAAACUUUGUCCGUCAUGAUGGAUUACGGCAUAGAGAUCACUCAUCAGGUGACCAGUCGCCAGACCAUAGCUCCGCAAUCACAGUGUCAGAAGAUCAGGUGCAGCGAUUGACUGAAAUGGGAUUUAGUGAUGACAGUGUUCGACGAGCUCUGGUUCUUUCAAACAAUGAUAUCAGUAGAGCAACAAACAUUCUGCUUCAAGACAGCACGUAGCAGAACUGCUUGUACUACUCAAGACCAGCCCUUUUUCAUUUCAAACAUCACAUGAAAUGCAUGCACGGGUGCACAAGUACAUGCACGCAACACAUACAAGCGUACAAGUGGACCUCAAGCCAAAAUCUUUCCACUAGUCACCAGCCAGUAAAUACAUGGUCAAAGGUAAAUGAAAAAUAGUAGUGUUUUGUGAUGAAGGCAUUUGAUAUAAGAGUUGUUUAGUGGUUCAGUGGCUGUACUAAUGGUGCAGCAUCAAAGGACAAAAAUAAUUUGCACAAGUAUUGAAAAGAGAUCUUGCAGGAAUAAAUCUGGUGUGAAAAAGCUUUCUGACAGAAAAUCUUUUUUAGAAAGACAUUUACAACUCAAUAUUUUCAACUGUUGCUACCCAGCUGUAAAAUUAGCUUCAUCAGUGUUUUACAUAUCUUUUUAUAUGCAUUCAACACACCAUGCUUGGAUCUAUGGAUGUGUUUUAUUUAUUAGGAUGGCCAAACAACACUAAGCUGCUUAAAUCAAUACAACUGUGUUGAUUCAAAAAAGUUUCCUUUCCAGCUUUGACAUUGCAAAAGUUUUAGAACAAGACUGGCUUUUGUGAAGUAUAUUUGUGAAGAGAACAGAAGACUUACUUCCAUGACAGAAUAGGGUGGGCUGUUUUGCAAAGAAAUUUUUGGCUUCAAAAAUUUCUGAAUGCUGACUUAGUCACAUGUGCCAAAAAACCCAGGCCUUGUCUGUUGGAACUUGCCACAGUCCCACCGUGUCCCCAUCACUCCUUCAUGCUUAAAUAACCGACCGGACAGAACACAAAGAGAGACCCCAAAAAAGGCAACAACCUUUGUGAAAUUGUUAAAAUAUCAUUAUUAUUUGUAAAGUAGCUUGGAAAGUCAUUUGUCUAAACAUAUUUGUGAACAUUGAAAUAACAGUUGUAUAAUGCCUUGGUAUAGGAGCUGUGGUUCCGGAAUGACAAUAUUUUAUUUACUUUGCUGAAACAAAAAAUCAGAAAGAGCAGUGACUGAAUAAAGACCAAACCAAUCUUAGGGCAGGAAACAGUGGUUUGGCAUAGGAAGAGAAGUGGUCAUUGUUCACUAAUUACUUUUAUCUGGUCCAACAAAUACCAUCACCACCUCCCUUAUGAUCAGACUUUUUUUUUUUUUUUGCUGCCAGACAGCAGGAAUUUAGCUCUUAAGAUUUUGUCUGGUUUUAAAUGGGGAAAAAAUUUUAAAUAUUUAUUUCAAAUCUUUGUGUUUAUAGCCUGACAUUAUCAGAGAAGUGGCAGCAUCUUGCGUUAAAUUUUUCAAUCUUAAAAAUAAGAUUUUUUAUAAAAAUGAACCAUAAAUGGUCACUAGUGAACAUUUUAGAUGUAUUUGUUGUACUUGCUGCUGUUUUGUUUAGUCUCUGUUUAUAAUUUUGCUUUAGAAAAAUUGGGAUUUUUUUUUUUGGAGUAGUGACUGGUUUGACAUGUGAAGGGAUUGAAAGAUUUUCUGAAAGAUUUUAUACCUUCCUGUGCUUAUGAAUGUGUGUGUGGGUUGGGGUCGGGGUAAGGGCUCAUAUUCAAUACUUGUGAUCUUUUGCAUUCCUUUUUCUGGGUAUUUGUAAAGCUAAGAUGUCAGAUGUGUACUGCAGAGCUGUACACAAUGCUUUUGUCUUUCCACUGAAGGCUUAUGUCCUUUUCCUAAUUUAAACAGGUGAUUUAAAGAAUUUUUUUAAAUUCUGCCUGCAAGCUCAUUAGAAUUGAUAGCUAUAAAAGCAGACUAAUAUCAAACACAUAGUAGUGACUAUUGAGCCUGCAGGUUAUAUUUUACAUGAUCACAUCCUGUACAAAAGCUCAGAAAAAACACCAAAUACAUCUUGUGCUAAAAGUAUCAGUAAGGUGUACUUAAGCUACCUCCCAAAAUGCACUUAUCUUGUAAACACAAGGUACUAUGGUAUGGAAACGGGUGUCACUAUUCUAUGCUGUAGUAACAAUAACCACCGAAUGUUAUAUAUCAUUAUUCUAGUAACAAAAGCACCUAGUGUUAUAUAUUAGUGUUGUCUUUAAGAGGAGCAAGGGUGGGAUACCGCAAUGAGUAAAAUGGGCUUAAAAACACCAAAUCACAAAUUCAAGCACAUAUACCUCUUUUUUUUUUUUCCAAGUGCUCUUUCUCCCUGACUAAGAUCUUAUCCUACUUUUUUUUUUUUUAAUUAGUAGCCAAUAACUAAUCACUUACCAUUCAGAGUAUCUAACAAUUUUUUAAAAAAGUAAUUGUGUCGUGGAGUUUUCACUAUUUUGCGGUAUAUAGGUAUUUAUGUAAUAUUUAUGAUUUUAAUCAUUUAAAUUGUAGUGUACUUCACUGGUGAUUACCCAUAUAGAAUUUUAUAUGUUAAAAUUACAUAAGUUUAAAAGUAUAGAAAGUGUUCAAGAGCAUAUGAAGUGUUUAUAAGAGUGUGGGAAAGGUUAAUAAGAGAGUGGGAAGGGUUUAUAAAGCCUUAAAAUAUAUAUAUAAAAAUAAUAAAAUAUAAUGCCACUACCUUGCAGAUUUACGCAUAUCAUGGGGGAAGAGGUGUGUCUCUGUAACGUAACCCUUGCAGUAGGUGAGGGAUUACUGUAUAUGUAAGCUCUCACUCUUGUAUUUUUUGAAAUUUCUUUGCAAACACUAAUUUUAUUUUAAAAAAUUGAAACCUUUGUAUAUGUAUACUUCUCUAGGAUAUCACAUUGCGUUGAGAGGAAACAGCAGCUAUUACAUGUUAUUGUGGAAGCGUGAUGUCUUAUAGAGGUGUUGACUACUUACCAUCAGCAUCCAGAUGAGAAGAAAAUGAUAAGAUCACACAAUCACUCUAAGCAUGCCACUAAAAGAAGUGAGAAGCCUCUUUAAGUAAAUGGACCAGUCAUGAACGCUGGAUAAUUGAUACCCAGCAACCCUAAAUGACAUACCAGGCACAGUCAUGAUACCCAGUUCCCCUACAAAAAAUCCAAAAUAACAUCAGUCAUGGGUCACACUUGGACAUGCUGUUCUCUCUUGUGUUUUAUCAAACCAGGAAGUCAGACCUUUAAAUUCAUAAUUUGGAAAGUUUUAUUUAGGUAGAAAUAACCAAUUGAUCUGUGCAUUUUCUUGGAGAAUAAACUAAUUAGCAUAAAAGUAGGAUCAGCAAAGUGAUCAAUUUUUGAAGUCAUCAGAAUCUGUAUAGUAGACAUGUCUAACAGAACUGAUGUAAUAAUAAAUCAUAAUUAAGUUAUGUAGCUUAUGGCACAUUAAAAAAAACAUACAGGAAUGCACAUAGCAUGAAACAUGGCUAUAGAAUUCCAUAUGGGGGAAAAGAUAUAUAACAAGAAUUACUCUCAGCUUGAACAGUUUAAAAAUAAUUCAGGCUGCAACUGAUCUUAUCCACACCACAGUUCCAGAAGCCAUUGGAAGCAGUGCAAAUAUACCAAUACACCUUCAAGAUAUUCAACUGCAAUCAUCUAAUAAUGUUUAUUGUAAUUACAUUUGUUGCUGGUAGAGCAGCUAUUUCUUUUAUGUGUCGGUAGGGGUUGUUGGAAUAGUGGAAACAAUGAAAGUACUGGAAAUGUGGUAGAGCCAUUGUGAUGACCAUAUUUGGAGUCCCGUAAACACCAAAGACAAACUAUAAACUGUGUUAUAUUAGUUGUGAUUGCCAGACGCCCACCAUUUGACCAGUAUUUUUAUUUGAAAAGCUUCUGGUCUUAGAAGAAAAAAGUGACGACCACUGGACAUCAAAAAGGAGCCUUAUUACUAAUGAACCAAAAAUUGUUCUGCACACUCUGCUUCAGAUUUGAUGUUUGAUAUUUGCAGAUGUGAUAUCUGGUCGCUGUGCUUUAUCCCCUGUUCUGUGUGCAAAGAAAUAUUUGAUUGUGUGGAAGAAUGUUCUUUUUAAGUUUAAUAAACCUUUUCCACAAGUAUGAAAAACUUAAGUAAA